AUGCUGUCGGUGUGGUGCUUCAUGGUGUUCGCUGCAGUGGGUGAGCGGCUCGCUGUGUCAGGUGAGGAGCCCCGGCCGGAGGAGGACAGACAUGUGUGGGACUGGUUCUCUCUGGGCAGACGGAGGGACAGCGGGGACACCAGCUCUGAAGUCACCUACCCCAAACGCCUGGUGCAGCACACACAGACCGAGGAGGAAACUGCCCACGGGCGUCUGGACACCAGGAUCAACAACAGCGACAUCCACCAAUUAUGA